UUUGGCAUAUGUUUGCAAAUAUUUUCAAUUUUGCAAACUUUUGCGAAAUUUUGCCAUUCCGAUGCAAAAUUUUGCGAACUUUUGCCUUCAGGAUGUUUCGGUGGGAAUGGGUACAGCGCCGCCAUAUUGAGUUUUUUCUUGACAGUCAUGGUGAUGGCGUUCUGAAGCAGGUUGCAUCGUUUUGUCAAUUUUGUUAAAAUUUAAUUGAAUUUCGCAAGAAAAUCAAUGCAAGAAGGAGAAAAAGAAAAGCUUUAUACUUUGUGCUGCGAGUUUGGUGUUACUGAGUUAUUUGAAGGACUUGUGGAGAAGCAAGUCACGGUGACUCGUCUGAGAGAGGCUGAUGAGAAUGAUAUCGAGGUGCUACUCCCCGCACAUGGAGCGAGAAUAACUUUCAAAAAGAGGUGGAAGGACUGGAUAGCCGGCGCAGCUUCUGUUGCAGAAGAUUUCCUUUUGGAACAAAGGAGAGCUGCGAGGCCUUCAACGUGGACUCCAAUCCACGUUGAAGAUAUUCUUGAAUGUGCCGAAGGAUCCCGCGUAAAGAAAUACUAUUCUCAAAAAGGUUCCCUAGAUGAUCGUCACCGCGACAUACUUAUAAGGAUUAUAAUUCAAUAUGCCAGAGAUCACAACGUGGAGCUCACAUGCAAGAUCAUGAAAACAGUUUCAAUGGAAAUAGAGGAUAUUUUCCCUAAUGAGAAAAAGGUAAGUGCAGAAAUUAAUGCAGAUCUCACAAGAUUUAACCAUGCUUUGUGUCAGGAGCGCUACUAUCAACCGAAAGGCCACACAAGAAAAUCCUAUGGAGGACUUCUCUAUUGCAAAUUCUCUAACUGGAAGCGAGCACAAAAGAGAAAGAGGACCGGAGAUAAUUCUACUCAGCGCAUGGUUGAAGAUCUGCAAAAUUUAGAAGAGGAAAGUGGUGAGGAUCUUUGUAGUCUGAAGGAGAUUUUAAAGACAGCUGUUUCUGAAGAAAUUUUCUCUGAAAAUACUUUGGACUUUUGGGACAAGACAUUCCCUCUGAGACAACAUGAUUUGUGCAAUGGUGCUCUUGAUGACAUUGUAAACGAGUGGCCACUUUACGCCCACAAAAAUGGGAAAUUUCUGAUCGCUGGAGAUUUUGAUAAACUAUAUCCUGAAAGUCAAUCUUUACACAAUAAGUGGGAAACAUUUUUCGAUCAAAUUGCUCCAAUUUUGAAGAGAUUCAUAAAAGAUCCUACCUCAAAGAAAGCGUUGCGAGAUAUUCUUGAUUAUGGAACAGAUGAUGCUAAUUCCAAACAGAAUGCUCUGUUUUUGCUCCUGCAUGCGGUUUUGAAGCCCCACGUUGUGUUUCACAAGAAAUUACAAAUGAAGACUAUGAGAUCAAAACCGACUAUAGCUGAUUCUCAAUCGUGCAUGCUGAUAGACCUACAGGAAAACAACGAAGAUCUGGAAAACCAUCUGAAAAUGCGUCAAAAGGCAUUGGACGACACCAACAGGACAUUUCAUCCCAUAAUUUACCGACUGGAACCUUCGUCGUACCGGGUAUAUUGUAUGAGGUAUUUGAAUUUCGAAGUUGAUACCCUCGAACAGGCUGUUGAUCUUGCCUUCAAGGCGUAUCACGUUAUGCAUAAAGGUCAAUAUGCAUUGGAAUGUGAGGAUGUAUGGUAUUUUAUCCGAAUUUAUUUCUAUGGCCUUGAACUUGAGACUGACAAAGAAAAAUUUGCUGGACGUAUUAAUGAUUUUCUUCAAGAUGUGAAUAAUAGUAUCGACAACAGUUAAA